GAGGGUUGUUUCCCCCCUUCCAGUGGAAAAGCUUUUGGACGCUGGCAGGGGAUCACCUUCUUUCCCUGCCUCUGCGUCUCCCCCUCCCCGGCUGUUCUGUAAUCUCGCUGUAACCCCCGCUUGCAUUGAAUGUGUUGUCAGCGGGAGACGUGAAACGGGGAAGGCUGGGGAACCACGAAGACCCGACACCUGCCUUUUGUCUCCCCGCCCCCGCUUUCGGAUGGACGGCUUUGGGGAGGCAUUCGGGGAUGAAGGGUCCCUAGAGCGCCUGCGUGGUCGUCUCGUGCGGGGAAGGAGCCGAGCGGGGAAAGGAGGAAGAGGAUGGAUGUGGAAGCCCGCCAAGUGAGGCGUCUGGAGCCCAGUCCAAGGGAUUCUUCGGCGACCUUCUCUGUGCUGCUGGCUCUGGGCGCCAGGGAGACUCCUCUCUCCUGAGGGGAACCUCUCCGGCGGACUUCCCUGCUGCUGCUGCUGCUGUGCCUGCUUAUUGCGUGCGGCGACGGCUUCGUUGGUGGGUUGCCUCAGGUGACUGCUGCUCUCUUUUUCUCACUUUCCCGCGCUCGCCAAAAAAAAGCCUCCCCCCCCCCCCCCUCUCGCGCCUCGCCGCCCUUCACCUUGUUUCUCUCAUGAGAGGAACAAUAGUGGCGGAGGAGCCUCUCUUCUCUGGGGUUUAUGAAUGGCCCUGACAUGGAGGAAAUACCGUUUCAGAAGAUCAAGAAGAGCAAGAAGGCGAGGAAGAAGUGCUGUCGCUAUUGCUGCUGUUCUUCCUCGUCGGCUGGGCCGCCGCCGGCGGCACCACAGCAGCAGCAUCAAGCGCCGCUUCCACCGCCUCCCCCGGCUGGUAGUAGCGGAGGUAACGCGACCCCUGCGUCUCGUCGCCAGCUGCUGCUGGAAGGCCUGGCCUGCGAGGACCAGUUCGACUGCAAGGAGCUGGAGUCGCUCUUCCAGAACUACAACCUGAAGCUGGAGCAGACCUCGACGCUGAAGGCGCUGGCCGUGCUGAUUGUGCUGACAGCCAGCCUGGCGCUGGUGGAGCUGCUUUCGGGCCCCAGCCUGACCAUCUCCAAGGGCUCCCACCCGGUGCACUGCAUCAUCUUCCUCUCCCUCUUCAUCGUCACCAACGUCAAGUACCUGCAGGUCACCCAGCUGCAGCAGAUCGUCAAGCUCACGCUGCUCUUCAGCUUCACCUUCGCCUUCCUCUGCUGCCCCUUUUCCCUGGGUGCCUAUGGCGCUGAGCCCCCCAGCUCCCCCGAGCAGGGCAUGUGGCAGCUCAUGCUGGUGACCUUUGUCUCCUACUCCCUCCUGCCCGUCCGCAUCCUUCUGGCCGGCCUCUUCGGCCUGGUGGUGGCCCUCUGCCACCUCAUCGUGGCUGCCGCCUCCGUCAGUGCCAAGAGGCAGCCCCUCUGGAGGACGCUUGUGGCCAAUGCUAUUCUUUUUGUCAGUGUAAAUUUGUAUGGCGUCUUUGUGAGAAUUUUGACAGAAAGGGCACAGAGGAAGGCUUUCCUUCAGGCCAGGAACUGCAUAGAAGACAGGCUGAAGCUGGAGGAUGAGAAUGAAAAACAGGAGCGACUUUUGAUGAGCCUUUUGCCCAGGAAUGUUGCCAUGGAAAUGAAGGAAGAUUUUCUGAAGCCACCAGAAAGGAUUUUCCAUAAGAUUUACAUUCAGAGGCAUGACAAUGUUAGCAUAUUGUUUGCAGAUAUUGUUGGGUUUACCAGCUUGGCAUCUCAAUGUACAGCUCAAGAAUUAGUAAAGCUUCUGAAUGAACUCUUUGGAAAGUUUGAUGAAUUAGCAACUGAAAACCAUUGCAGGAGGAUCAAAAUCCUAGGAGAUUGUUACUACUGUGUAUCAGGACUAACCCAGCCCAAAACAGAUCAUGCUCACUGCUGUGUUGAAAUGGGAUUGGACAUGAUUGACACUAUCACAUCUGUAGCUGAAGCCACUGAAGUAGAUCUGAAUAUGAGAGUUGGCCUGCAUACAGGAAGGGUGCUUUGUGGUGUCCUAGGUCUUCGCAAAUGGCAGUACGAUGUUUGGUCAAAUGAUGUGACUCUUGCUAAUGUAAUGGAAGCUGGAGGAUUGCCUGGGAAAGUACAUAUAACAAAGACUACAUUAGAGUGCCUAAAUGGUGACUAUGAAGUUGAGCCAGGAUUUGGCCAUGAAAGAAACAGUUUUCUGAAGAAGCAUAAUAUCGAAACCUUUUUCAUUGUGCCAUCUCACCGAAAGAAGAUUUUUCCCGGACUUAUCCUGUCAGAUAUAAAGCCUGCCAAAAGAAUGAAAUUCAAGACUGUCUGUUACCUACUGGUCCAACUCAUGCAUUGUCGCAAAAUGUUCAAAGCUGAGAUCCCUUUCUCCAAUGUCAUGACUUGUGAAGAUGAUGACAAGAGAAGGGCAUUAAGGACAGCCUCUGAAAAACUCAGGAAUCGUUCUUCUUUUACUACAAAUGUUGUGCAUAACACUCCUGGAACCCGAGUGAACCGAUACAUUGGUCGUUUGAUAGAGGCCCGACAAACUGAAUCAGAAAUGGCAGAUCUGCAUUUCUUUACCCUGAAGUAUAAACAAAUAGAACGUGAGCAAAGAUAUCACCAACUUCAGGAUGAAUAUUUCACCAGUGCUGUAGUCUUGUCACUGAUUCUAGCUGCCUUAUUUGGCCUUGUCUACCUUUUGAUAAUCCCACAGAGUACUGUAGUCCUUGUCCUUUUGGUGUUCUGCAUAUGCUUCCUGGUAGCAUGUAUCAUGUACUUACAUGUCACUCGAGUACAAUGUUUUCCAGGGUGCCUGACAAUACAAAUUCGAACCAUUUUGUGUAUUUUUAUUGUGAUAUUAAUUUACUCCGUGGCACAAGGUUGUGUGGUUGGUUGUAUGCCCUGGGUCUGGAAUACUAAUUCCAGCAGUUCCAUAGUUAUCAUUUCUCCUAGUGGGACAAAUAAGACAAUGAAUGAACUUCCAUGUGAUGCAGCUCAUUAUGCAUUUCUCUCCUGCGUUAUGGGGACUCUAACCCUGGCAAUAUUUUUACGCAUAUCUUCCUUGCCAAAAAUGAUCCUCCUACUUUUUGUUACAAUUUUGUACAUAGCCAUUUUGGAACUCAGUGGAUACAGAAGAGCAGUAGGGGGUGGCUCCUUUUAUAUACGUGGCUAUGAACCCAUAUUAGCCAUCUUAUUGUUUUCCUGUGCUUUGGCACUUCAUUCCAGGCAGGUGGAUUUGAAGCUACGUUUGGACUACCUCUGGGCUGUGCAGGCAGAAGAAGAGAGAGAUGAUAUGGAAAGAGUGAAAUUGGAUAACAAACGGAUUCUCUUUAAUUUAUUGCCAGCUCAUGUUGCUCAGCAUUUUCUCAUGUCUAAUCCAAGGAAUAUGGAUUUGUAUUACCAGUCAUAUUCCCAAGUUGGAGUGCUGUUUGCUUCCAUUCCCAAUUUCAACGAUUUUUACAUAGAACUGGAUGGCAAUAACAUGGGAGUGGAAUGUUUACGUCUGUUAAAUGAAAUUAUUGCAGAUUUUGAUGAGCUUAUGGACAAAGAAUAUUAUAGAGACAUUGAAAAGAUCAAGACAAUUGGCAGCACAUAUAUGGCAGCAGUAGGACUUGUACCAACUACAGGCACCAAGGCAAAGAAAUCAAUUUAUACCCAUCUCAGUACAUUGGCUGAUUUUUCAAUAGAAAUGUUUGAUGUUCUUGAUGAAAUCAACUACCAGUCUUACAAUGAUUUUGUUCUUCGGGUUGGAAUUAAUGUAGGCCCUGUGGUGGCAGGUGUUAUUGGUGCCAGAAGACCGCAAUAUGAUAUUUGGGGUAACACAGUUAAUGUUGCUAGCAGAAUGGAUAGUACGGGAGUGCAAGGUAAAAUUCAGGUUACUGAAGAAGUCCAGCGGAUAUUGAAGUGCAAUUAUGAGUUUGCAUGCCGGGGUAAAGUCAGUGUCAAAGGCAAAGGUGAAAUGCUGACCUAUUUUCUUGAAGGAAAGGUCAAUGGAAAUAAUUCACAAUUACGAUCUUUAAACUUAGAAAGGAAAAUGUAUCCUUAUGGGAGAUCGAAUAUUCACACCAAAUUGGGCACAAGUUGUCCUUCUGUGUCCUCAUCUCCCAGCCUUUCAGCAAAUGCAGGGGCUGGAAUGCUUCAACUGCCUUCAGCUCACACGAAUCAGACACUCCAUUAUCUUCCUUCUGUGCCAGCCAUCAAGGAGGCCUGAGAGCAGUGAAAAGAUUGGUGAUGCCAUUUGCAGUGAAUGUGGAGAACAAAGGUCACCUGAUUUUUUUUUUUACCAGGAAGCUUAAGGCUGCAGGUUUGGGGGUAAACCAAGAUGUCUACAACCCAACCAAAGAGAAUUUGGGAACUAUUUACCUGAAUUUCUAGAAUGAAUCAAAUAAGGGCUAGCAAUUCUAUUAGGAAGAGUUUAUUGCUGAAAAUACUAAUAUUUUGUCAGCAACCUUAACAGUAAAUUACAAGUGAGACUGAAUAUUUGCAUAUAUGUGUAUGUGUGCACACACGUGCAUUUCCGCAUGUGUGUGUCAGACAUUGUCAAUAUUGAUGAUUGAACUUUGACAACCCUUGUAUUGGCAACUGAAAACAUUCAUUGGAAAAUAUUGGCAAUGUUAAUUUCUGACAAACAGUGGCAUAUUACAUACAAAUGGCAUACACAUGUAAACACAUACUAAGAGAGACAUACAUGCAUACAUACAAAAAUAUACAUCCUGUAGUAGCAAAGUGAGAAGGGUUUUAUUUCCUAUCCAGCAAAAUUAUAUCAAACACUUUUUUAUAGCUGCUAUAUGGUGACAGGUAACACAUAUCUGAAGUUAUAGCAACUGCUGUAGAGUCAUGUCAAUGUAUGAAAUAGCAAAGGCACAAGUAAACAGAUGUAACUUUCAGAAUGAAUUUCCAUAUCUUUGAGUGGUUUCCAACUAUAUAGUGAUGGACCAGCUACCAGAGCUAGAUUUACUGAAGCUUCUAUAAUUGAACCUCCUAAUCAGAAUAUUUAGUACAAUCCCAUACCCUUAUGAUUUUAGCUGGGUAAGUUGCAUCUCUAUCAUACACAGAGAAGAGCUCUUAAAUUGCCUAGACUGAUACGUAUGAACACAUAACAUCUUAAAGAUAAAUCUAAAUUACCCUGAUAAGUGCUAAUAAUGUGGCAGGCAUGUGAAUGCAAAGAAAAUGUAUGUGUACCUCAAUUGAUGAAGUAUGCGUAUUCCUGGACAUCACUUCUUUAAACAUAAAUAAUGUGGAAAGAAAUAGUGAUGAUCAAAAAAGAAAUGCAAAUCAUAUUUCAGCAAGCUUUUUAUAAAAACACACAAUGUGUACAUGUAAAUGAAACAACCUGAUUUGGUAAGCCUUGUAUAAGCAAAACAAACAAAACCACCCACCAUAUUUUGAACCUUCUUAAGACCACUCGAAGGCGGUGUCCAAAAUGCAUCCGGGGAUAGCUUUUCUUUCAGAAACUUCCACUUUUCUUAUGAUUUCCAUUUUGGCUACACUUAUAGAUCUGUAUGAUUAGCCACAAUGAAAAUCUUUAAGCCUACCUCACCAGCUGGGGAUAGGAAGUAGUUGAUGAGAUAGGCUUAUUCGAUCUCCUCUUUCCUCUCUGUUUUGAGCUUCAUUUGUGCCCAAUUAAGGGACUCUGGAGGCGACUGCUGUUUAUCUUACCUGCUGUGGGCAGGUUCAAAUCACUUUAGUAGGAUUGGCUAGAAUAGGCUCCUAUUUCCCCCCAGCCAAAAGGUUAUUUACUGCAUUGUUUAUUGCAAACAAACUGCUGCAAUUUGACAAUAAACACCUAUGCUUCAGUUUUCCUUAACCAUCUUUCUAGUGCCAAUCUUCCAAAAAAACAAAACAAAAAAAACCCUCUUCAAACUAGAAGUAUGAUGAUGAAAAUGAUGGUUGGGUGGGCAUAAAAAGACUUUGUAAAAAGGAACUUCGCUGUUACAGGCUUUUAAAACUGAGGGCCUAUCUACACUGCCAGAAAAUCCAGUGCAAGUGUCACAUAAGCCUGGGGUAUCCAAACAGUGCACCCAUGCUAAUGUGAAGCAACCUGGGGUAAACGUUAAAAAUCUGUUUAUACCCGGGUUAAAAAAAUAUCUGUAAAGAUCCAGAUCUUCCAUUCACAUUCCCAAGUGAUGCCCUCACAGAUAUCCAGCAUCCCCCCCCCCCGCCCCCAGGCUCAGGCUUCCUGUGGAAAUGGGAUAGCAGUGCUUCCUUACUGUUCCUGGAGGCUGUCUAUUUUUGUAUCUACACGUGGGUGCAAAAAUCCACCUUUGAAAAGUGGAGGAAAGCCUUCCUCUCCUCUCCUCGCUUCUCUCCUCUCCAAAGGUGGGAUUUUACACCCAUAUGUGGCCAUAAAAUGUGGCACAAUUGUAUUUUUAAUGCUAGUUCAUUCCGUAUUUUGUCCUAUUUGAAAGCGCUCCAAAGUAUGUCUUGUAUUUAGAUAUGGAGAAGCAUACAUUUUCAACAAAUUAAAUUAUUGGCCCAUUCUACAGACAUUUAUUGAAAGGGUCUGAAUUAUAGUAUAUUUACCAACUAUACAGAUGUUGUUCUGUGCCAUGAAUAGGAGUUGUGCUCACAAGGGAUUUUUCACACACAAAGUUCCUUGUACUAGGAGAUGGAAGGCAAUAUGCAGGUUAAAUUAAACGAAGCAGUGUGAUAGUGUGAUAAAACCCUUCUCCAGAACAUACCAAAGGCUUUUUGUCCAAGCAAAAGCUUAUUCUGUUCAGGAAAUGGAAUAUUUGGAUCUAGCUGAUACUGUUCGAUGCUACCUUCUGCACAAGGUUUGCUCUUAUCUUUGAAUAUUCUUAUUGGCAAAAAUGUAUUGACCCAUAUUUUUUUUAGGUUGAGAGUUAUUACUUCACAUUUUGAUAACAUAGAACAAUAAGAUAGCAGUAUUGCUAUUUACACAGUAGGAGCUCCAGUAUCGCUAAUGGAAACAAACUUAUUUAUAAGGCUGCAAAUGACAGCUAGUCAAAAUUGUUUUGAAUUUGUUUAUAUAUUUGUGUAUGAGUGAGUGAGAGAGUAUGUGCAUACUUUCUCAUUGUGUGAUUUGUCAAUGUAUUUUAGCAUCCUCGCUGUAUCACCUCUUAAAUGUCUCCACUGCAAAUUUUGUUGAUGUGAGCAAUGGAGCAAAACAUUUCUACCUUGCAGCUCAUAUUGUCAGCGGGUUUUGUGGGUUGCCUCUCUUACUGCUUGUUUUCAUUGUUGAUGACAUAUCGGAUUCCAGUUAACUUGGCUGCUGACUGUAGGAUCCUUAGCCCUUAGUCUUCCCAAUACUUUUUCUACAUAAUCAUGUCAGUUAGGAAAACUCUGUGAGCAAGACUGCUAACUAUUAUUUCUUCCUUGCAAAUCUUUUGCACUUGUACAUUUAUAAGGAAGAAUUCCCAGGUCCAGUUCUCAGUUCUCACUAUUCAGACUGUCUAAAAGGAAAACACAAUUUGUGCUCCAAAACCCUCAUUCUGAUUGACAUUUGUAAAUAUGUCAAAAAUGUGCCUAUUUUGGGGGGAAAUACAGUCUUUAAGAAAUUAGACAUAGAGGUGAAAAAAAAGCUUAUAUCCAUUGCUGUGGAUUUUGUUUUAUAUGCACAACUUUAGGUUCAAGUGUAGACAAGGCCACAUCUACACUACCUGAUAAUUGUAGCUCUUGCUUUGACCUAGGGCAUCAUACAGUUUAACCCAGGGUAAACCUUUUAGUUCAGCUUACACCUCAGUUAAAAAACACCUGCGGAGAUUGAUGAGGUUAUAUGGUCCUGCAGAAUACCUAGUUCUGUUCUACAAAGCACAUAUGUAAAUCACAUUAUGAUUAACCAAAUGAAUCAUGUGAGAAUGAUUUCGUACGGGAUCAUGUGUAAGCUUUCUGUCUUAAAAUCAUUACCUUAAAGGAAUCCUGUCAUUAUCACAGGACUGUUAAUAGCAAGCACAAAUUCCACGUCAACUUUGCACAAUGUUUUCUUUAUAACGUAUUAGUAAUAAUUAAAAGUUUCACUGACGAAUGGAACAGAAAGGUAUCACAUGUCUUCGGGGCAAUUUAUUCUAAAUGUUCCUAAGGGCAUUUCCACAUUGACAAAUAAUGUGAACUGGAACCAGUGGCUUGACAGGGGCAUCCUGAGACACCUCAGCAGUGGGAGGCUGUGUCAAAGCUGGUUUAAUGCUGUUGGGCAGAUGCCCAAAUGUACCCACCUCUCCAUUGUUGCCCCUUUCUCCCUUCUCCUAAGCUCCAUUUCCAGUCACAUGUCAUGGAAGGAGGGAGGAAGAGUUCCCAGCACCAGAUAGGUCUUUAUUUUCUCUUGUCUUUUGAAUAGAUGUUAAGUCGAAUUUUUAGUCAAGUACUUGAAAGCAUUUCAACAUCUGCACCAGAAAAGCAUUCCUUAAAAUAAUUUCAGUGCUAGUCUUGCAAAGGAUUAAGAUUUUUUAAUAUUAAAUUUAUUUAAAGAAAAAUAAAAUAAAAUGAGCAAACAAAUUAUAAAAAUUCAGAUUUUUAUUCUUAAAAACCUACUAAUCUAGUUUCUAGUUAAUACAGUACAGCAACAAAAUCUGCUACAAAUGGCAACCCAAAAAACAUUAAACAUAGAAAAGAGAAAAUAAAACAAACAAAUACACAGAGAUGCAUAAAAAAAUACUAAAACAAAAGUAAUUAAAAACAUAAUCUACAGACCUCUCACUCUGUCUGGUGGUUUGUUAGUUCUAACUAGUCUGUCUCUUUUAAGAAAUAUUAUAUAAUCAGCUCUUCUACAUUUAAUAACAUACUUCCCACAAUUAAUGAAUCCUCCCAACACUGUUAGAACGUAAUAAACAAUAAAUCCCAAAUCUCUCUUGAAUUUGGACAGACAUGUCUCCUCUAUUAUCCCAAGCCAUUUGUUCAUCUCAAUUAGUUCACAAAUCUUCUUCAGCCAUUAUCAUAAACUCUCAACUUCAGUCUUCCAUUCAAACCUCUAUCCUGAAACAACCUAUACAGGAGAUCCUUCUUUUAUUCACUUCCCUUUCGAUGUCUUGCCAUCUCUCGCAACACAGCCCAGUAACAAAUCUGCCAUCUUACAAAGUUACAGAUUUUAAUUGCAUUUUCUAUGUAAAAUAUUGUUUGGCAUCAAACCAAACCUGUUGGUAGAUAGAUCUUUUUAACCUCCUUGCUGAAUCCUUUAUGUAAAACUUCCAGAGGAAUUUUCUCCAAUCUUACUACCUUCUUCUGAAUUCUGAAUUCUGCUUUCACGAAAUUCUGAUUUGCCUAAAUUGGCUCCUCAUUCGUCUUUGCCAAAGAGUUAUGUAUUUUUCUCAUUUCCGCUGUCCUUUUCUCAUCAAUCUCAGUUCACCCAAAAUUCGGAUUAUUUAUUUAUUUAUUUAUUUGCAGUAUUUAUAUUCCGCUCUUCUCACCCCGAAGGGGACUCAGGGCGGAUCACAUUACAUGUAUAAGGCAAACAUUCAAUGCCUUAACAUAGAACAAAGACAGAGACAAACACGGGGCUUUGAGCUGGCCUCGAACUCAUGACCUCUUGGUCAGAGUGAUUUGUUGCAGCUGGUUGCUCAACAGCCUGCGCCACAGCCCGGUUGAUUCUAAAUAAUGUGCAAGUGAUCUCAUUUUAGAUUUUUGAGUUAUUUUAUCUGAACACAGGGUGGCAGUAGAGUAUUCUUCCUUUCUUGAAUUUGUUAAAUUGCUGUUGCUAAAUGACUAGCUUUCCCCCAAAAGGGGAGGCACUAUACUCAAAGAAGUUCAAGUGUAUACUUUCUGUAUCUUUGUCUCAGGAAAUGUCCUUUGUUUUGGCUUCAAAGAAAAAAGUUAACCCUUUGGUGUGUGUGUACUAUUAGCUUUUACAAUACACAAGAUUUAUUAGCCUUUCUUCUUAAAAAUGUCAGCUCUGUGAGGGAGAUUGCAAUGGCUGUUUCUACAAGUUGCAUUCUAUUUAACUCCAGAUAAUACAUUUAGAUUACUUGUGGCUCUGAUAGUAGAAGUUAAGUGCAGAUGGGAGAUAAUUUUCCAACAGUCAGGAGUUAAUCUCACAAGGCAAGAAUUUUCAAAUUCUGCUUUAAAAUGAGAAUUAGACAUUUCUUUUUUGCUGUCGAUGACACAGCUGCCAUGCUGGGAUGGAUAUUUUUUCUGACCCCUAUCUCCUCUGGCUGCUGAAGCAAAAACAAGUACCUUGGCAAGACAUCAGAGACAGAAACUAGGUUUUCACGAAUAACUUACACUUCUUUCUUGCUGGAAGAAUCCUGGUCCAAGAUAUCCCAGAAGUGGUGAUUAUGCACAGGUAGUAGCUUCUGCCCCGAGAGCUUAUCUGAGAAGUCCACAGUCUGCCAAUCCUGUUUGGCAUAAAGCAAAGAAAAAAUUGGGAAGUAUUAUUAAGCAGAUCAGUUAACUCUCUGUGCCAUUUGAAUAGUUUUAUGGGCCUGGUCACACACUCUACUAUUCAAGGAUCCUCUGCAUGUAGUGGAAGAAGAGGGAAGCACAUCUAUUCCAAAAUGUAGCUAAAGUAAUGUAGGAGAAAAGUGUGCCACAUUUUGGCUCUCAACAUAGAGAGCUGAUUAGUGUGUUUCUUAUUUGUUCAGCUUUUAUUGCAAAAGUUGUGCCUCCUUGCUGAGCACUUGCAUCUUACUUUGUAUCUAUGAGAUGAGAUGCUGUACACAUUUAUGGGGGAGCAAAGCACCCACUGAAAAAUAGUGGUUCACGUGAAGCAUUCGUUAUUCAGUUCUUUUUGUUUAGCCAUAGGCUAUUAUAACUUAUGGGUCAUAUAUUGUGGAACGUACUACAUACAGAAAAAGCCUGAUAGCCAGCCUAAGUUAAUAAAAACAUGAACAAGUGUACAGCCUUUCAAAAAAUGAUAAAGUAUUAGUAAAUGUGACUUAUUCAGAGGCCUACAGUUUAACUGUAUAAUGGCAAAUAACUUAAAUGAAUAUUGGGUGCAAGGACUUAACAAUAUUCAUUUUACUAUAACAUAAAUAGGAUUCUCUUUUUGUGCAUUGUCUCUAGGAAACAAAGUAAGAGUCCAAUCUAAAUAUCCAUCACUUAUACAGAUGCUAGAUUCUAUGUAGUCUAAAGAUCAAUUCAGACAAGGCUGUAAUUGCAUGGAACACCUAUACAAUGGAGUGAGAUUAGUUACCUGUUCUGCCUCUAUUGAAUGUGCCUAUGCUACCUUCAGACUUCGUUUUUAUUGGAUGCAAUGUUCCCAUCGAAGAGUCAAAAUGAACUUGAAUCUGUAUCCAACCCAAUAAUAGUUUAUAGGGGAAAGCUCUGUUUCAUUCAACCCAUAACUAUUAAAAAUCAUAGUUAUUAAUCAUUAAAAUAUUUUUAAAUCCAACUAUUACAAAGCAAGUGAUUAAAUAACAAAAUAGCAGAAGGAUCUUUGUACAGCAGGAGGACUUCCUCUUGAAUUUCUUAAUUUAACAGGAAUUAAAUGCCUCUGGAAAGUAUUAAAAAUGAGACCAAGAAGCAGAAAACAAAGUUCUCAGCUAAGCUGAUUUUCUACAAAAUAGUCCUUUCAAAGUAGUACAGAAGAAAAAGCUGGAUAUGAGCCCUUGAGUUGUUCAGGUGUUGAACUAUGUGAUCAUCUUUCAAGCCCCAACAUUUGAUUUAUUUAAGAUAAUUCUGAGUAUAAACUUUGAGAAAGAACAGAUAUCUGACCAAAAAGACCUACAAAUAUAUCUUUCCCUAACCGGUUCCUUUAUAUCUAGUAAAAUACAAAUACACACUUAAUUUUUGGAAUUAAGCAUUGCUAUCAUGAAGUGUUUUUUUAACAUUAAUUCUGGGGAAAUUAGAGUGAAGUGGGCAGUUAAAUAAUACUGUUGAACAUGAGCUGGACCUAAUUUUCUAUUGACUCAAGUCCCCUUGAUUUGCAUUGAGUCUAAUCUCACAAGUGGGUUUCCAAGUUUACAUCUCCAGAUGUUGGGCAUAUAGGAAUUGGACUUCAUGCAUGCAUGUUCUAUGCAAAUGUUACAUCUAAUAUACAUAGACAUUCUGCAGGCAGGACAAGCACAUUGUAUAGAGUCGGGCUAGAAGCAAUUAUACAACACAGCCUCUAUCCAGAGAGGAUACAUUCCUGAAUUUAUCAUAGAAACAGGAAACUGGAUAAUAGUGAACCUUGAAAUGAAUGACUUCCUCUGGAAAUUGCCAUAGAGUUGAUUUUAAAGGCCUAGAAAAUUCCUAGAAAAGUAUUCUUUUCUAGCAUUUUCUAGGUCCUCCAAUGCAAUUCUAUGGUAACAUCCAGCAGAAGCAAACAAUAAAAAAUCCUAUAGAGAACAUAUUUUUUUUGGAUACAGGUAGGUGAAAUGACAGGUACCUAUCCGUGGGUAUGAGGAUCAUACUGUAUUUUCUUGCUGUAAGAGCAUCAUCUGAACCAGCCUUAAGAUGUUAACCCAGCAUUAGCAAUCCAAAUUCCUUUACAUUUCCACUACACUCCAGAGGACUAUUUUAGCCAUAAUGUUCUUUCAAGUGAGGAUUUUAUAUUGCAAUGACAAGCAUUUUUUUAAUUUAGGAUGAAACUGUAUUAUAAUGCCUUAUUUAUUUUUAAUCUUGUACAGUAGUAAGAAUUGGCCUUUUACUUAUUAUUAUUUUCUCUGAAGGAUGUAUUGUAUGACAUUUUGUAAAUACUUUUAACUAUGACAGGUUUAGUGCAUGUACACUUGUAUUUUUUAAAAAAAAACUGCAGAAAGGCACACUUUUAACAGAUGUUAAUGAUUUUUUUUUUGUAAAGCAAGGGGUUUUACAUGUGCAUGGAGAUUAUAAACUUUCUGGAAAUUUGUGUCUUUUUUGCUUUUCUGCUGCAAUCUACUGCAUGCCACUCAUGCCUGACUUCAGUAAAAAGCAAAAUAAAACUGAAAGAGUAAGUUUCUUUCUAUAUGUUUUUGACAUAUGACUUUUGAUGCUGAAUUUUUAAGACAUUAUUAGUUGCAUGUGUGUACUGCAAAAGCAAAUCAAAAUUGCAAAGUGAUGGCACAAGAAAACUUUAACUUGCCAUGUUCUGCCAACCUCGGUGUUGCUAGGUCCACAUUAUAUGGUAUAUGAAAUGCGCUCUCAACAGCUCAGCUACCUUUAUAACAGUACCUUUGGUCAUUAGAAGCAAUAAAUUAAAUUUCACAUACUGUAAUAUAUAUAACUAAAUAUAAAUGCGUGGAAAAAGUAGUGCUGUAAAAUCAAGUCUACUAAUUCAUUACGUACUGUUUAAUACCUUGUUUGACUUAACAGUAUAAGUAAAUGUUUCGAUGGGAACUCUAAAUGCCCAAAUGCCAGAGCACACACAAGCUAUAUGUUGCUGCCUUAGACUAAACUGGUCCAUCUAACCCCUGCGUUCUAACUAGUCUAAAUCAGAGGCAUUUCUCAGUUUUGCUAUCUGAGUUGCUGAAGAUAUAAAAAUAUUAACAUACGAAGCUACCUUAUAGCAAGUCAGGCUAGUGGUCUAUUUGGCUGAGUGUUUUUUCAUCUGCCUGGCAGCAGCCUUUCUUCCAAACCUGUGACAUAAGACAAAGAUAUGCCAUGGAUUAUAUAUGGGAAUUUACAUAGAUAAAGCAUAUUCUCAGAUUCUGAGCUGGGAGCUUCCCCCUCCCCCUAUGAAAAGAUAAACAAUUUACCUUUGAAAGCAUUUACAUAUACUUUAGGUGAGACCUCAAGGUUGGAAGACCAAGGUGCAAAUUUCGUCAGACUGUAAGGAAGCAGAUCUGUGUUGAAGGAAGGGAUAGGGGUGGGUGUUUGGUCCAAUAUAGUUACCCAGAUUGUAGUUUUAUAUGGUAAUAACUGCAAUGAGUUAUCACAUCUGCGAUGAACAAUAUAAAAAGAAAUGGUUUUUAGCAUGUUGUAUGUUGCUGAAUACAAUUUUCAUUCAAUGGCCUUAUUGCUUUGAUUUCUUUGAUUCAAAAAAUGAAGUGUAGUACCAAAAAACAAAACAAAAAAAAUCAAAUUGAGAAUUUUGAAAGAUUAGUACAAUUUUUUAAUUUUGCUUUUUAUUUCCUUGGGUUUUUUUUAAGAUUCUCUAAAUAAACUUCAAUUGUGCAAUAUUGAAUUGUGCUUCCUAGAAAGUAAGUUCCAGUGAUCUAAAUAGAAUUUACUUCUAAGCAGCUCCCAAAUAUGUUAUCUGAAUUUCUUGUUAGAAGGACUGUGAGCAUGCAGAAAUAUUAUAUAAAUGCACAUAAUGUUGUGAUAUCCACACAUUCCUAGCUCUAUUAUGCAAUAUUAUUCCUAUUCAUUUAAUUAAAAUGAAAAAAGAAAAUAUGAAGUGCAACUAAUUUAUUAUAACUGUAACUUCAUAACAUUUUGAUCAUUUUAUAGUAGAAAAGGAAUUAUGUUCAGAUAUUUGUAAUAUAAUGUGACCAGUAGAAAAUUCAGAUUGAAAUACUGUAUAAGAAGAAUAAUUUGUAUAAGCAUCAUUUGUACUGCAUCUGCAAACUUUGUCGAGGUUCAACACGUAUAUGGCCUUACAUUAUAAACAUAGCCUGAAAUUAUGAUUUUUUAAGAUAUUAACUUGUUUAUUUCAUAAAUGAGGACAUACACAAGGCAGAGGCCAUCAGAUUGUAUAAACCUAAUUCAGUCAUUGCCUUGAUGCUAAGUUCAUAUAACAUAUGUACUCGUGUAUAAGUCUAAAUGUUUUAGUCAAAAAUCAACCCCCAAAACCUGGGUCAACUUAUUUAUGGGUCAAUGUGAGCACUGUAAUUUAAAUCAUUAUAUAUAUAUAUACACACACACAUACACACACAUAUAUGGAACCAACCUUUUCCCAGAGUAAAGUGGUGAACCCCAGGAGAAGUUACAAGCAGCAUCAACCUCUCUAAUCUACACUUUUGGCAUUUCUGAAUAAUGUUUUCCCCUUGGCCCUUGAAUUUUGAUAUGAUCCUUAGCUUAUCUAUGGGUCCAUCGCUUUGCUCCCAAAACGUGCUCUUGACGUAUACAUGGAUAUCUACAAAAAUAAUAUUCCUGUUCACACCUUUCUACCAUUUACAUUCUUCCCUUUAUAAUAAUUCUUUUAAAAAAAAAAAAAACUCCAUCUUCAAUUCACUUUAUUUCUUCUGUUAUGUAGCUGUAACUCCUCUUCCUAAAUAUUUUUGUAUAAAAAAUAGUGGAGCAGUAGAGGGAAAAUAUUUAAAAUGCUAAAUCAUCCAGACUUAUCUAGGGUUAAACUCUAUUGUGCACAAGAUAAUUUACUUCUUAAUAAACAGAGAGGAAGGCUUCAAAUGCGCCUAUUUCAUCCCAAGAGGCAUGCAGGGCCAGAAUAUUCUUUUAAGAUGUGUCUUACUGCUGAAAUAUUUUUUCAGAGUCAAGUUCUUGGCUUGUACCAAUUGUGGGACCAUGAAGUUAUUAAAGGUAUCAUGCCAACUGAUUCACAUCUGCAGAUAAAUAAGCACAAUAGUCAUGAUCAUUGAAUGCAUUCUACUUACAUCUAUUAAAAAAUCCUAAACUGAGGGAUGAAGAGCCCAAAUGUCUAUAUUAGGAAUGCUGGUAUUAAAUCUCUCCUAGUUCACAAAAACAGGGUUUUUGGUAAUUAUAAACCAUACUGAGGACAGAGAAAUUCAGAAAAAUUUGGUGCCAAAUUGCAGUCAUUCUACCAUGUAGAUGCACCCUUAAUGACUGCCAUUGAGAAGAAGGUGGUUGAUUUCAGUACUAGUCAAAUAGUACUGAAUAGGGAUUGAAGAAUCCUUCACACAUGUUCAUGUUUUCAGGGAGAAGUAAAAAAGCUGCCUAACUUGAUAUUCUGCUAGAAAGUAGCUUGGAAGAGGCAAAGUUUAUUAAUCAACAACACCCACUAUAUUACAUGUUGUCUUAGCUACAUCAAGAUGAUCUCUAUAAAGGUUGCAGAACAGCUGGGAACAUAAUUACAUUGCCUGGCAUUUCAUUUAGUUUCUUUCCUCUUGACAACAUACAAUGACUUGUGACACCUAAUAUUCAUGAUAUUGUAUAGUGCUUCUGCCGAAGUAACUUUCUAAAAAUAAUUUUUUUUCAUAUAUUCAUAUGUUGGAUUUUAAGUAGUUUUUGGUAACUCCUGUUCUGGUUUCUAUAAUACGCUUCAACAGGGGUGGAUGUCUACAAUGCAGUCCACAUUUAUAGAGCUGAUUGGGAUCUGCUGCAGCGUAUUAUAGGACUUGUUUCAGACUUUCCAGCAGCUUGUUUUGUAGAAUUUUGUAGCUGUCCUGUUUUGAGUCAGAUUCGGACUGCAUUAGAAUCAUAAAAUAACAGAAUUUGAAGAGAUUACAAGGGCCAUCCAGCUCAACCCCUUGCCCAAUCCUGACAAAUGGCCACCUAACCUGUUAAAAAAAUUCCAGAGAAGGAGACUCCACCACACUCUGAGGCAGCAUAUUCCACUAUUAAAUAACUGUUUCCAUCAGGAUGUUCUUUCAAAUGUCUUCCAACUACAGUAGAGUCUCACUUAUCCAAGCCUCGCUUAUCCAAGCUUCUGGGUUAUCCAAGCCAUUUUUGUAGUCAAUGUUUUCAAUAUAUCAUGAUAUUUCGGUGCUAAAUUCGUAAAUACAGUAAUUACAACAUAACAUUACUGCGUAUUGAACUACUUUUUCUGUCAAAUUUCUUGUAUAACAUGAUGUUUUGGUGCUUAAUUUGUAAAAUCAUAACCUAAUUUGAUGUUUAAUAGGCUUUUCCUUAAUCCCUCCUUACUAUCCAAGAUAUUUGCUUAUCCAAGCUUCUGCCGGCCCGUUUAGCUUGGAUAAGUGAGACUCUACUGUAUAUGUUUCUACGAUUGUAUGCUUUCAAAAAGAGGCUGGUGAUACUUUAACUCGAGGUCCUGCAGGGGAUUGGACUGGUUGACCCAUGAGACUCUCUCCAACUCUAUGAUUCAAUAGAUCUAUAGUAUUUGGGAUAAAAAGCUGGAUUUUGACUAAUGUGCUUCUCAAAUCUAUUUCCCAUGGGCUGCCAGUAUUCUUUCCCAUUACUGAAGGAAUGAGGAAAGGCAAGCACAUAUAAAAGCAUGAACCACACAAUUUAUUUGGUUGCAAGAACCAACAGUAACUUUCUUUGAAUGUAUCAUCCCAAGAAACAGGGAGGUUGUGCAUGUUGGAAUGCCUUGAAAAAUUAAAAUUCGUUCCUGUGCAGACUAAACAGCAUGCAGAAGAACAAAAACCCUGUCCUGAUAUUGUCUUCAUAUAGUGUUAAUACAGGUGGGUACAGGUGGGGAUUUUUUUUCUUCUGAUAGUGAAGACUUCAAAGAAGCAGCUUCCUUGCCACCUACAACCACAAUUGGUACAGUCCAUGAAAGCUUUGCUACUUCUCAGUUCUGUGGAUAGUAUACAUUCACCUUAAGCAGAAAAGUAGAAAGAACAACCAAACAUGUGUGUGUAUUUUUGUCACCCAACAGUGCCAUAUAGUUUGCCACACAUUAAGAACUGGUUUGCUGGCCACACUUUAUGUAUGUUAUCACAUAUAUGUGCCAUUUUUCCAAGGACCUCACAUCACAGUAUGUGGUUGUCCGCUCUCUGCUUUUUUCUCUUUGAGCAUAACCCAGUGAAAUAGCAAUAGGUUCACAAGGCCAAGUGCAGUUUUAAACCUAAGUCUUCCCAGUGUUUGUCCAGCAUUUAAAUGGUAGCAUGAGUCUACCUUCUGUUCUCAAUAAAUAUAGUUCAUAUCCUAUCUUCUAAUUUGCCCUGAAAUCAAAUGAUGAGAAUGGUAGAUGUUUUCAAUGUGCUAUGGAUCUGGUCCAUUAAAUUACAAAUAUCUGAUCAAUAGAGAAAUGUUUCAGCUAUCUUUGGAACUAAAACAGGAUGAAACAUGGUUGCAUCUAUCUUUCCACCAUUGUUUAUUUUCCCAAAAGCAUCUCUUAGAAAUUAUAGAUAGAUAUAAUGAGGGGAAUAAGCAAAAGAAGGGCUGUUAAGUCUUUUGCUUAGGGCAGUUUUCCCACUUGAAAUUACACCACCUGCCAAACAACUUUUCUACCCAUAAAGGGAAAAUGUCAUGGGAAAGAUGCACACAACUUUAUGUCACAUCCAUUUUGGGUUUUUGUGAAAGGGAAAAGUGUAAUAUAUUAUUGUUGCUAUUACAAUAACUGAACACACUGGGUAACUUGGAAUGAGAAAAUAAUACGGGUCUAUUUUUAUGUACAUAGAAUAUUGUAGAGUAUCUUACAGUCUUUUUCAGGAUUGUUGAAUUGAGAAAGAGCAAUUGAAUCUUUGUCUUAUUUUUAUGUUGGAAAGUAAGUGAAUAGACUGAAAUGUUAACAUUCAAAAUUGUGAAUGUAAAUUUCUUACUGAAACUUUUAUACUAAGUGUUUGCACUAUUAUCAUUUCUGGAAUCUAAUUAAUAAAGGAAAAAUCUUGAGUAAAUAA